AUGUUUGGCAAUAUGAUUAUUAACGACUGUCUUGUUCUGCUUACUACGUUCGUUUUUCUUUCAUCCGCAUACCGAUAUGACCCGGCCUAUACAGAACACAACCUCAACCAGAACAAGACUGCGAUAGACCCUUUGGACUACUGGGGAGAAUGGAAGGGCCACGAAUACACACCCUCACCCAAGAACUGGCGGUUCCCAUUCUAUACUCUGUUCCUCGACAGAUUCGUCAAUGGGGACCCCUCGAACGACAACUCCAACGGCACUGCGUUCGAGCAUGACAUCCAGUCGAAUCAGAUGCGCCAUGGGGGCGACUUGGAUGGCCUCACUGAUACGUUGGACUACAUCAAGGGCAUGGGAGUCAAGGGCCUGUACAUUGCAGGCUCGCCGUUUAUCAACGCGCCCUCGGGCUACGACUCUUACUCUCCCCUCGAUCUGACCAUCCUUGAUCCUCACUUCGGUACAAUCGCCGAAUGGCGGAAGUUGGUCGACGAAAUCCACAGCCGGGACAUGUACGUCCUGCUCGACAAUACCUUUGCUACUAUGGGCGACCUCAUCGGCUUCGAAGGCUACCUGAACACCACGACACCAUUCACACUGGACGAACAUGAGGUGCUGUGGAAGACGGAUCGACAAUAUUGGGACUUCAACAUUGGGAAUACCUACAACAAGACGUGCGAGUACCCAGCGUUUUGGAACGAAACAGGCUAUCCGGUCGACGACUACGUGACCGAGAAAAUGAAGGGCUGCUAUGACUCCGAGUUUGACCAGUAUGGAGACACUGAGGCUUUUGGCGUGUACCCUGACUGGCGACGUGAAUUGUCCAAAUUCGCAUCCGUUCAGGACCGUCUCCGGGAAUGGCAUCCACCGGUCCGCGCUAAGAUUGAGCAUUUCUAUUGCAUGGCCAUUGCAAUGCUUGAUGUUGACGGGUUCCGCUAUGACAAGGCAACGCAGAGUACCGUCGAUGCAAUGGGCUACAUGAACGCAGCCAUGCGUGCAUGCGCAAGACGGUACAACAAGCAGAAUUUCUUCCUCCCAGGCGAAAUCACGGGCGGGAACGACUUCGCUUCCAUCUUCUUGGGUCGCGGGCGCCAGCCAGACCAACUGCCCGAGAAUGCCACCCAGGCCGUCACGUUGACCUCAAACUCUAGUGGGAAAUACUUCUUGCGCGAUCCUGAGUUUUCGGGUCUCGAUAGUGGAGCGUUUCACUACACUACGUACAGAACGAUGACCCGCUUUCUGGGUAUGGACGGCAAUCUCGCGGCAGGCUACGAUGCGCCAGUAAAUUGGGUAGACCAGUGGAACACCUUUCUGCUCACAAAUGACCUUAUCAAUGCAAACACCGGAGAAUUCGAUCCUCGCCAUAUGUUUGGCGUCACCAAUCAAGACGUGUUCCGAUGGCCAGCAAUUACUCAAGGCACCGAGCGACAACUUCUGGGCCACUUCGUCACUUCGAUCUUGCUCCCAGGCAUUCCGCUUCUGCUGUGGGGUGAAGAGCAGGCGUUCUAUGUCCUCGACAACACGGCCAGCAACUACAUCUUCGGACGUCAGGCAAUGUCUGGUGCCGAAGCGUGGAAGACUCACGGCUGCUACGCCCUUAGUAGUACCCAGUACUACCAGUUUCCAGUGGAAUCAGCAAGAUAUGGCUGUGAGGACCCCGUUGUUGCGUAUGAUCACCGCGACCCAUCGGCACCUGUCCGCAACAUCAUUCAUCACAUGAUGCACCUGCGGGAAGCGUUCCCAGUCCUCAAUGAUGGCUUCUACCUCCAGCAGCUCUCGAAUCAAACCGUGCAGAUCACCUAUCCUGGUUCGAGCGGCGUCCAGACAGAGACUGGCUUGUGGUCCGUCAUGCGCUCGAGUUAUGCUGAAGUACAGGAUCUGGGUGAUGAUGCCUUGGUCUGGCUUGUCUACUCCAAUUUGAACCGGACGAGGACAUACGAGUUUGACUGCUCGGACAAGUCGACCGAUCUCAACACGACUGCUCUCAUCUCUCCGUUUUCCAGUGGGACAACUGUCAAGAAUUUGUUCUAUCCUUACGAUCAGCAUACCCUGAAGGAUAGCAAGCAAUCCCUUGGUAUCAAUGGGUCUGACGAGCCAAGUGGUUGUCUCGGCUCUCUUGAGAUGGAUGCUUACGCCUACAAGGCUUACGUGCCGGUCGACCAGUGGGUAGGGCCGAGGCCGAUGAUCACGAAGUUCUCUCCUGGCCAUGACGCCCGCAUCUUGUCCUCGGUCGGCGCCGAUGGAACCGAGACUGUCGAUGUUGAGUUGCAGUUCUCUGUGGAGAUGGAUUGUGACAGCGUCACGCAGAGCAUCACGUUCCGAUCAACGACCGACGAUGACAGCACACCCAACGUUGAUGAGAGCAGCGUUUCCUGCAAGACCCUCGAGGCACCGGACGAUGCCGCGUUUGUGGGUGCGAUUCAAUCUACUUGGUCCUGGUCGGCCACACUCGCUGGUGUUGCGAACGGUGUUCACAGUCUCACAGUCCGCAACGCAAGCGCUGAGAACGGGAACAUGACAACCGACUCUGUUGAUCGGUUCCUGUUUAGGGUCGGCCAAGUCGAUAAUCCAGUGGUGUUUUCGCAAUCUGCCAACUAUUCUACCACACUGCUUUCUCAAGGCAAGGGCGAUAAGUUGAAGCUCCACCAUUCAGCCGCCGGGGCCGACAUGUAUCGGUACUCCACGAACUUUGGCUCGUCCUUCUCCGACUGGAAGCCUUAUGUCGGGGGGAGCGAAGCCAUUCAGAAGCAGCCGUGGUCAGGGACGGAGCUGCAGGCCUGGAAGGGCGACCACGUCCGGGUGGAAUACUUCAGCAAACUGGCUGGGUCGAGCGAUCACGUCCAGCAAGCGGAUCUCGGCGACACGAAGAAGAGAAGGUUCCCGCACCUGUUCCUGAACGGACCGUACAACCAGUAUGGAUUCGACGCCGGGCUGGACAACCAAAUGAAACUGGUCGAUGACCACGAGUGGCGAAGACCCUGGAUGGUAGAAUGGAGCCCGCAUGGCUCUCUGGCGCAAAUCAACGUCUGGGGCAUCAAUCCGGACGACCAGCCUGACCAGACAGCUGUGUACGGAGACGCGGACGGCGAUGGAGUUCUGGAUCGUCUCCCACCGUCGUCGUUGUCGGAGCUGGUACUCAACGUCACAAAGCCUCCCCCAAAACCAUACCUGUCGUGGGUUUUCGUCGUUGACGAUGGGAGCAUGCGCUUUCAACUUCAGCCCGCCGGAUCCAUGUGGGAGCAGCUCAUCCUGUACAUCCUUCUCUGGACCGUACCGGUCAUCUUGGGAGCCUUGGCCACCUGGUUGUAUGUGCAGAGCUUCUACAAGGUCAAGUUCAACGAAGUCGGCGCUGCACCAGCGAGGCAAUGGAUCCCGGCUGUCUUCCGCAAGCGAUUCGUGAAGCUCGAAGAUGAUGAAGAACAAAACGAGAAGCCGGGACUCCUCUCAGCACUCAUGCACAAGCCCGACAAGUUUCUGCAGACCAGUGAUGCCAUCAAGCGCAACCCCGACCAUCGCCGGACUGUACUUAUCGCGACCAUGGAAUACGAUAUCGAAGACUGGGAGAUCAAGAUCAAGAUCGGUGGGCUGGGCGUCAUGGCCCAGCUGAUGGGCAAGAAUCUCGGCCAUCAGGAUCUCAUAUGGGUCGUCCCUUGCGUCGGUGGCGUCGAAUAUCCGCGAGACCAAGAGGCCGAGCCUAUGACGGUCACCAUCAUGGACCAAACGUACGACGUGGAGGUCCAGUACCAUCAGCUCCGCAACAUCACGUAUGUGCUACUGGACGCACCGGUGUUCAGGCAGCAGACGAAAGCCGAGCCGUAUCCAGCACGUAUGGAUGACAUGGACAGCGCAGUCUACUAUUCCGCGUGGAACCAGUGCAUUGCCCAGGCGAUUACUCGUUUCCCUAUCGAUCUCUACCACAUCAACGACUACCACGGCACGGUGGCGCCACUCUACUUGCUUCCACGCUCAGUUCCGGCUUGUCUAUCACUACACAACGCGGAAUUUCAAGGCUUGUGGCCCAUGCGAACGAAGAAGGAGCGAAACGAAGUCGCAUCCGUUUUCAAUCUGCCUUGGCCGGUGGUAGCAGAGUUCGUCAUGUUCGGCGAGGUCUUCAAUCUGUUGCAUGCUGGUGCAUCGUACCUGCGCGUCUUCCAGCAAGGCUUCGGCGCUGUCGGUGUUUCGAAGAAAUACGGCAAGCGCUCUUUUGCGAGAUACCCUAUUCUAUGGGGUCUCAAGAAAGUCCAAGCCUUGCCGAACCCAGAUCCCUCCGACACGGGUGAAUGGGACAAGAAGCUGCCGAAUGAAAAGGACAUCCACGUCGAUGAUGCAUUCGAGAAGGAGCGCCUUCAGUUCCGGGUGCAGGCUCAGGAAUGGGCUGGCCUGGAGAAGAAUGAGAAGGCGGAGUUGUUCGUGUUCGUCGGGCGAUGGUCGAUGCAGAAGGGCGUUGACUUGAUCGCUGACGUUUUCCCGGCCAUCCUCGAGGACAACUCGAACGUCCAACUCAUCGCCAUCGGGCCUGUGAUCGAUCUGUACGGCAAAUUCGCGGCGCUGAAGCUCGAGCGGCUGAUGGAAAUGUACCCGGGCAGAGUGUGCUCUAAACCAGUGUUUACCGCCCUGCCGCCGUUUGUCUUCACUGGCGCUGAGUUCGCUUUGAUCCCGUCCCGCGAUGAACCGUUCGGGCUUGUGGCGGUGGAGUUUGGCAGGAAGGGAGCUCUUGGUGUUGGCGCUCGAGUCGGUGGUCUGGGUCAGAUGCCUGGAUGGUGGUUCACGGUUGAGAGCACGACGACGGCACAUUUGAUCAAGCAGUUCAAGGAAGCCAUCAGCGAAGCGAUGCAUUCUUCAUUCGAAACACGAGCGAUGAUGCGAGCCAGAUCCGCUAAACAGCGAUUCCCGGUCGCCCAAUGGGUGGAAGAUCUCGAGAUCCUGCAGUCCACCUCGAUCCGUAUCCACGACAAGGUCGAGACCGAACUGAGUCAUUCAGGAACGCCCAAAUUCAUGCAGACGCCACCAGCAUCGGGCGCUACGACUCCAGUUGGAGGCCGUUCGGGCACUGCGACUCCUGUCGGGAUUCAUUCGCGCAACGUGUCCCAUGCGACUUCGAACCUCCGCUUCUCGCAGAUGGCCAACAAUCCUGUGCCUGCUGUUCCGGCGAUCGUACAGCCACCCCCAGCAUCACAGUAUGCACAGCACAACGCAAAGCCCAGCGGUGGACUCUCCAGACGGCCUUCCUUGGGCUCUCGCAGAGGUCCUGGACAUGCACGGACAACCGACAAGCCCGACGGUAUCGUCGGACAGCAAUCCAAGCAGAAGUCCAUGCCGCCCAUCAUCGACCUCGACCUGGAAGACAGCGCAUCCCUCCACGCUGGUGGCGACGAUACAGACCACGAAGGAGCGGCGGCGUUCUCGGACUCCGACGACGAUGGACACCCCAGACUACCGCCCACCAUCGGCCGCGCGCGGGUCAGAGACUCCUCUACCCUAGGAGAAGGCGACAACACCUGGCCUCUCCGCUCCCCUACCCUCUCGCAGCCUCCCACACCCGACGCCUCGACAGGGCUCUUCCCCCCACCCCCGGCGCUGUCAGAAGACUUCUCCCCGCCCUCGCGCAACCGCUCCACGCUCUCGCUCCAACUCGUCGUCGGCGAGCGGACAGACUUCAAACUGCAGAAAGUCGACCCCUUCUUCACCGACUCCACAGGGCUCUUCUACCGCGAAUUUGAAGAAAAACUCAAAGCGCUGAACAGCAAGAACAGCGAGAGCUCCGACUACAUCAUCGAAGAGUUCCUGGUCAAGUCGGAGAAGGACUGGUUCAACACGUUCCGCAACGCCAAGCUCGGCCGGCUCAAGAACCACGGGUCGUCGACCAACCUGCGCACGUACUCGCAACCGCCUUCGACCCUCGCUUCGCGCAGGAACUCGUUCGAGAUGCACGGUUCCGACGAAAUGAGCCACCACUCCGAAGACGCCGGGGACGAGUUCCUGCUCGGCGCCGACUACAAACCGCCCACCGGCAUGCGCAAAUGGAUGCAGCUGCGCCUGGGCGACUGGCCGCUGUACGCCUUCCUGCUCGCAUUGGGCCAGAUCAUGGCGGCCAACAGCUACCAGAUCACGCUCCUCACGGGGGAGAACGGACAGACGGCGUCGAAACUCUACGUCGUCGCGUCCAUCUACCUCGCCGCGUCCGCCUGCUGGUGGGUGCUCUUCCGCCGCCUCGCGAGCGUGCACAUCCUGUCCGCGCCCUUCUUCUUCUACGGCCUCGCGUUCCUCUUGGUGGGUGUCGCGCCCUCCGCGUCCCCCUCGACUCGACAAUGGAUCCAGAACGUCGCCACGGGCUUCUACUCCCUCGCUUCCGCGAGCGGGGCCUUCUACUUCUCCCUCAACUUCGGCGACGAAGGCGGCGCGCAGAUUAAAGCGUGGGUCUUCCGCGCGUGCGUCAUCCAGGGGAGCCAGCAGAUCUACGUCGUCGCGCUGUGGUGGUGGGGCAGCGCCAUCACGCGCAGCACUUCCCUGGGGAACGUUACCACGGGCGAAGGCAGUUUCGCGGGCACGUGGAAAAUCACCGCCAUCACCAUCCCGAUCGCUUUCGCGCUGUGGGGGAUCGGAGUGGCGCUGUGGACGGGUCUGCCGACGUAUUAUCGCCAGAUGCCCGGGACGAUGCCGAGUUUCUACUCCUCGAUUGCGAAGAGGAAAGUCAUCGUCUGGUUCCUCGUCACGACCAUCAUCCAGAACUUCUUCCUCUCCGCGCCGUACGGCCGCAACUGGGCGUUCCUGUUCGGCAGCCAGCACGCCGAGACGUGGCAGGUCUUCCUCCUCGUGCUCCUCUUCUUCAUCGGCGUCUGGAGCCUGUUCCUCGCGCUGUUCGGGUAUCUGUCGCGCGCGCACAGCUGGAUCUUGCCGCUGUUCGCGAUUGGUUUGGGCGCGCCGCGCUGGGCGCAGAUUUGGUGGGGCACGAGCAAUAUCGGGCUCUACCUGCCCUGGGCUGGGGGGUAUGUUGCUUCCGCGCUGGUGUCCCGGUCGCUGUGGCUGUGGCUCGGCGUGCUGGAUGCCGUGCAGGGUGUCGGGUUGGGCAUGAUUCUGCUCGGCACGCUCACGCGAGUGCACGUGGCGUUUGCGGUGACGGCGAUGCAGGUCGUGGGGUCCAUUACCACCAUCAUCGCGAGGGCUGUUGCGCCGAAUCGGAUUGGUCCUGGCCCCGUGAGCCCGGACAUCAGUGCUGGGGCGGGGGCGGUGUGGACGGCGUGGUUCUGGGUGGGGUUGGUGUGUAAUUUGCUGAUUGCGGUGGGGUUCUUCAAGUUUUAUCGGAAGGAGCAGUUGCAGAAGCCUUAA